CUCACUGUAGCGGAAGUCACUCUGAUGGCACGCGCUCUUCCGUGAGUGUCAGCUUCUGGUUAUUGAUUAUUUGAAUAUUAUCAGUCUAUAAAAAUAGACGAGUUCAGCCGCAGCUGGACCCGAUCAUACUCGGUAAACAUGAUAAAAGCCAUUCUGAUAUUUAACAAUCAUGGAAAACCACGACUGUCCAAAUUCUACGAGCAUUACACUGAAGACACAGAACAGCAGAUUAUUAGAGAAACUUUUCAUCUGGUGUCCAAAAGAGACGAGAACAUUUGUAAUUUCCUCGAGGGGGGAAUGUUAAUCGGUGGGUCGGACAAUAAGCUGAUCUACAGACAUUACGCCACACUGUAUUUUGUGUUCUGUGUGGAUUCAUCAGAGAGUGAACUCGGCAUUCUGGAUCUCAUUCAGGUGUUAGUGGAGACGUUGGAUAAAUGCUUUGAGAAUGUGUGUGAACUCGACCUGAUCUUUCAUAUGGAUAAGGUUCACAAUAUUCUGGCAGAGAUGGUGAUGGGCGGGAUGGUGCUGGAGACGAACAUGAGUGAAAUCAUCACACAGGUGGAUGCACAGAACAAGAUGGAGAAGUCAGAGGCUGGUAUCGCAGGAGCUCCGGCACGUGCCGUAUCGGCCGUAAAAAACAUGAACCUCCCAGAGAUGCCCAAGAACAUCAACAUCGGAGACAUCAGCAUCAAAGUGCCAAACCUGCCGUCAUUUAAAUAGUGAACGCUGUACACAAUCAAUCAAAAUGUGUUUACCACAAACAAAUAUAGAUAAUGAAGGUACUGUGUGAUGACUGUAAAUGAAGAAUUUAUUUCAUUCUUCUGUCUCUCUGUGUGUGUGUGUGUGUGUGUGUGUGUGUGUGUGUGUGUGUGUGUGUGUGCAUCUG